AUGUGUAUGGGGCUGAUUGAGAAAUACGUGGCCGCCAUGGUGCUGAGUGCAGCUGGAGAUGCCUUGGGAUACUUCAACUCAAAGUGGGAGUUCCUCCAAGAUGGGGAAAAGAUUCACCAACAGCUGGCCCAGUUUGGGGGCUUGGAUGCAAUAGAUGUGGAGAAGUGGAGAGUCAGCGAUGACACGGUGAUGCAUCUGGCCACAGCUGAAGCACUUGUGGAAGCCAGCGAAGACUUAGACUUGUCACGACUCUAUUCCCUCAUUGCAAAGAAUUACCAAGACUGCAUGGGAGACAUGAAUGGCCGGGCUCCAGGCGGUGCCUCAAUGCAGAAUGCAAUGCGACUGGAGCCCCACAAGCCUAAUGGCUGGAGGAUUCCUUUUAAUACCCAUGAGGGUGGCUGUGGGGCUGCAAUGCGGGCCAUGUGCAUUGGUCUCAGGUUUCCUCACCAUGACCAGCUGGACACUCUGAUCCAAGUGAGCAUCGAGAGUGGCCGAAUGACCCACCACCAUCCCACUGGCUAUUUGGGGGCCCUGGUGUCUGCUCUAUUUACAGCUUAUGCUGUGAAUGGCAAGCCACCCCAACAGUGGGGCAAAGGAUUGAUGGAAGUGCUACCGGCUGCUAAAAAGUACAUUGUCCAAUCUGGCUACUUUGUGGAACAGAAUCUUCAACACUGGUCCUACUUUGAAGAGCAGUGGAAAAAGUACCUAAAACUUAGAGGAAUUUUGGAUGGCAAAUCAGCCCCUAUCUUCCCCAACCCUUUUGGUGUGAAGGAGAGGGAUCAGUUCUACACAUCUGUGAGCUACUCUGGGUGGGGUGGCAGCAGUGGCCACGAUGCCCCUAUGAUUGCCUAUGAUGCCAUCCUGGCUGCAGAUGACUCCUGGAAAGAACUUGCCCACAGAGCCUUUUUUCAUGGCGGAGACAGUGAUUCAACAGCUGCCAUUGCUGGUUGCUGGUGGGGAGUGAUGUAUGGUUUCAAAGGAGUGAGUCCUUCCAAUUAUGAAAAACUUGAGUACAGAAGCCGGCUAGAAGGGACAGCAAGAGCUCUCUAUGCUCUUGGGUCAAAGAAAGAGGCUGAAAAGGAAUUAUGAUGUUCACUUCUGGUGGCUUUUCCUCUUGUUCAGUUCCUUUACUGGUUAUUUUAUUGUCACUUUUUCAGAGUAAAGAAUCUUAAGCUUGUACUCCGUAAAUUUUGAGGUAGCCAAGUUCUUUGGCUCCUGAAAGUCAGUCUUCUGAAAGUCUGUCCUCCCCCAAACUAUCUCUCUUGUAAUCCUAAAUAAUGUUGCUAAGGAUAAAGUCAC